AUGGCGGCGAGGUUUUCGAGAUUGUUUGAUGAUUGGGAUCAGGAUCAUAGGGAUAUAACUAUGCUAGAGUAUGGCUCUAGUGUUAACGACUCACCACCCAGAUAUCAUUCUCCGCAAAACAAUACGGAAUAUACAUCUCCAUCAGCAGAUCUAUCCGAAAGGCCAAAUCUACCAGAACCAGCCCUCGAGCCUACAACUCCCUUUUCACCAUUCGACAAUGGGAUAUCAUCUCGACGUUUACUGGAUGGUAGAGGUAGUUAUGCCUCUAGUUAUAGCCCAUCUUUUCCCUCCGCACACGACUAUCAAGCUUUGAAAGAUGUAGGUCGAGAUAGUCUUGGAGAUGAUCCCUCUCCGAGUGAAGCACGUUUGCGAAAUGGUUCUGGCGUGACUUCAAAUAUGAAGAGAAUAUGGAGCAAAUCGACAGCUUUUACAAAACCCCGUCUUCAAUCUUCAUUUGAUGGACAUUUUGCGCAGGGAAAAGACGGGUGGUGGAAAAAACAAAUGCUGGUGGAUCGAAGUUUAAGAUCAAUGGCGGGGUUUACGCUUCUUUGUGCUAUUAUCAUGUUCAUCAUAAUGGUUGCGUACUUGCCUGCUUUUAAUUCUCGGUUGAACAAACAGAGUACGAGUGUGGGCGGGAAGGAAGGGGAAAGCUGUAAGAGUAUGGAGAGUAGGAAUAUUGCUGUUCAUCUUUUCAUCAACAUUGCAGCAACGAUGAUUUUGGGCUGUUCAAAUACUUAUCAGCAGUUAGUAACUGCUCCGCUAGUUGAGGAGAUUCCAUUCAUUCUCUCGAAAAAUGGUGAUGCAAAAUGCGGUACAAACUCACCCUGGAAUAUCAACGUUAAGAAAUCAGGAAAACUAAAGGCUUGGGGAUCAUGGUUAUUACUUAUUUGCACUUCAAUUCCAAUUCAUUUCCUCGCAAAUUCGGUCAUUGGACCAUCGUUUUAUGUUGAGAUGCCAACGAAUGUUACGUAUUUGUACAAUCAAACUUUCUCUUUGAAUUCUUAUCAAACGUACUACUACGAUACGUCUUACCAUUUGACAUCGUAUGAUUCUGCAUGCUGGACUGCUUUUAGAGCCGGGUCAUAUGUUUUACCUAGCAACAUGUCUCAAUUGAGUGACCAAUACAAUACUGAUACCCUCGGAAACUCGACAUCUUUUGAAACCGUUUUGGUCACCUACAAUCAAAAUUGUACACAAUAUAAAGGAACAGGGACUGUCGAUGAAGCCCUGGCAGAGGUCAAUUACACCGGAUCGUAUGCUUGGUCGGGCCAGUAUUCCAAAGGGAACUGUGCCUUGCGACGAGGUGUUUAUUGUGAACUCCAAGACCAGCUACCCAAGAAAUGUCGAUUGAAUGUUCGGAUGCAAGCUUGUUUCACACUUUUCGGAUGUCUCCUAAUUAAAGCCAUGUACAUGAUCGGACUGAAUUAUCGAGCUAGACACCGGGUUAAGAAUCAUUGCUUGACAUAUGGAGAUGUGAUUGUUGCAUCUGUCAUAAAUCCGGAUUUGAAAAUACAUAAUGAAUGCUUACUCAACUCUGGAGAUGGUUAUCGACAUAAGGUGACACACCAGUGCCAUAAGCAUUGUAAAGAUCCAAUUCCUUCUCCGACGGGUGAUGAUAUAGGUCACUGUCAGAAAUGCAAGAAGUUCAACGAGACGGAUAAAGCUGCUGAUUUACCGCAUCCAAGCAUAGCAAUCAAAUACAAACGCUCACUCCUGUCCAAUCUUGGUUCCACCGCUAUAACUCAGAUGAUUAUCCUAAUGUUUUGCUCCUUCGCAAUGGCUGGCGUCUCCAUCAUGCUCAUUACUCUCAUGGUCAGCAAGACAACAGAUUACAACAACUACUGUCGCGAUUCAAAUUAUAACCGCGAGUACUACAGAGAGUGUGGUAUUUCACUCUCGCAAACUCUCAAGGAAAGCUUUGGAACCUGGGGAGGCUUUUCUUCUAGCGUCACGUUAGCAGCGCUUCCUUCUGACAAAAUCAGUAGUGAAUUGAUUGCCUUUGCCAUCUCCAACGGCGCACAGUUUCUUUUCAGUUUGCUUUACUUAUUGCUCAUUUACAACAUCACUCUCAUCUCCAUGGAACACGAAUGGGGCACCUUCGAGACCGAACGCAAAAAGCCCAGAGCGACAAUCGUAUCGGGGACCCCCUUUGAGCAAUCCUACUUUCUGCAACUGCCCUCCAAAAUUCUCCUACCUCUCAUGACCUUUGCAGCAGCCAUGCACUGGCUCCUCGGCGAAUCAAUCGCAACCUUCGAAUCCAUCUACACGGAUCCCGCAUAUGGAGUUGAACACUCGGUCUACUAUGUCACGUAUGCCGCGUAUCCGAUCUUUCUGAGUACGGUGUUGAUGAUUGGCCAGACGGCGAUUUGUUGGUGGGCUUUUACGUAUAGGAGAGAGGGGUUCAUUCCACAGAUGUAUGGGAGCAUUAGGGCUUGUUGUGCUAGCACGAGUGAACUUGAGGAUUUUGGGAGGGGUGGGAUUCAAUGGGGAGAUUUGGGAAUGGGUGAAAAAUUUAGACAUGCUGGUUUCUCGGCUGAUGAACCGGGUAAAAUCAUCCCCGCAGAACUCUACUGCGGUCGUGGGUAA